UUUUUUUGCUCAUCCACCGUUGCAACCUGUCCGUGACGACAUCGCACCUGCCCUCAAGCUGUCGCAUCUGCUGAAAGGCACCUCGAGCUACUCGACUGCAGCUCCCAUCCCUCUUCGCUACAUCACACAUCCGCCAUGAUGGCCAGCCGCUUAAUAUCGCGGGCUUCUGCCGCCCGCAUCUCGGCCUUCCGUGCCCCAUCCUCUCUCCCCACAGUCGUUGGCUCGCCUGUAUCGCGGUGGUCGAGAGGUUACGCCUCUGCUUCUGAGGAGAAGGACCUUGUGAUUAUUGGAGGUGGUGUCGCCGGUUACGUCGCCGCCAUCAAGGCCGGCCAGGAGGGCCUCAAGGUCGCCUGUAUCGAGAAGCGUGGCGCCCUUGGCGGCACCUGCCUCAACGUCGGCUGCAUUCCCUCCAAAUCGCUCCUCAACAACUCGCAUCUCUACCACCAGAUCCUGCACGACACCAAGAACCGCGGAAUCGAGGUCGGCGAUGUUAAGCUCAACCUCCAGGCCAUGAUGAAGGCCAAGGACACCUCGGUGACUGGCCUCACAAAGGGUAUCGAGUUCCUCUUCAAGAAGAAUGGUGUCGAGUACAUCAAGGGCACCGGCUCCUUUGUCAACGAGCACGAAAUCAAGGUCGCUCUUAACGAUGGCGGCGAGACCUCCGUCACCGGCAAGAACAUCCUCAUCGCCACUGGCAGUGAGGCGACUCCAUUCCCCGGCCUCGAGAUCGACGAAAAGCGCGUCAUCACCAGCACUGGUGCUCUAUCCCUCGAGAAAGUUCCCGAGAAGAUGAUUGUCAUUGGCGGUGGCAUCAUUGGCCUUGAGAUGGGCUCCGUCUGGUCCCGCCUCGGUGCCAAGGUUACUGUGGUCGAGUUCCUUGACCAGAUCGGUGGUCCUGGCAUGGAUACGGAGAUUUCGAAGUCCAUUCAGAAGCUCUUGAAGAAGCAGGGCAUGGAGUUCAAGCUGGGAACCAAGGUUGUCAGCGGUGAUGCCUCGGGCGACAAUGUCAAGCUUGAGGUCGAUUCCGCCAAGGGCGGCAAGGCCGAGACUCUUGACGCCGAUGUUGUCCUUGUUGCCAUUGGUCGCCGCCCAUACACCAAAGGCUUGGGUCUCGAGAACGCCGGCCUCGAGGUCGAUGAGCGUGGCCGUGUUGUCAUUGACUCCGAGUACCGCACAAAAGCCUCCCACAUCCGCUGCAUUGGUGAUGUCACCUUUGGCCCCAUGCUUGCCCACAAGGCCGAGGAGGAGGCUGUCGCUGCCGUCGAGUACAUCAAGAAGGGCUACGGCCACGUCAACUACGGUGUUAUUCCCUCCGUCAUGUACACACAUCCCGAAGUCGCGUGGGUUGGCCAGAGCGAGCAGGACCUGAAGAAGGCCAACAUCCCAUACAAGGUUGGAAGCUUCCCGUUCAGUGCCAACUCUCGUGCCAAGACCAAUCUUGACACGGACGGCAUGGUCAAGAUGCUUGCCGACCCUGAGACGGACCGCCUGCUUGGGUGCCACAUUGUCGGCCCCAACGCCGGUGAGAUGAUUGCCGAGGCGACCCUUGCACUUGAGUACGGAGCCUCGACCGAGGACAUCGCGCGUACAUGCCACGCUCACCCCACCCUUGCCGAGGCCUUCAAGGAGGCUGCCAUGGCCACCUACUCUAAAGCCAUCCACUACUAGAUGAUGAGUUGUACCAACAGGAUGGGCUGGCGGAGGAAAGUCGAGCGUCGAGGCUGUUUUUGGUCGUGCCCGCCGCAGGACGGUAUAAAAGGUGUACAUUAACUUAGCAUCAUGAUACAAUCAGAAGACUUGACAAUGAUAA